CGUCCCUGCCCUGUGCAGCUAUCAAGUCCUCGCUUGUUUGUUCUUUUCUCUUCGUGAGAACUUUUCGGCGAAGAUACUAACUUUUCUGUGGGAACUGCUGGGCGGUGUUAGGAGAGGAAAAAGAGCAAACUGAUGGAGAGGACCUGCUCCCUUCUAGUUUUUCCAGCAUCCGCGGGUUAAACCAUCACCUCCAGAGCAUCGAAGUUGUGGGAAGUGGAGACAGCUGGGAGGGCAGCAGGAUUUCCUUGCCACCUUCAGCUGGAUCUAGCCCUCCGCAUGCAUGAGUGUGCCAACACCAGCAAAGUGGGCAGGAUUCUGCACGUGGAGUCUCUUCUGGGACCCUAGUGAAUGGCCCCCAGGGACAGCGCGGAGCCUCAGCCUCCGCCACCUCCUCAGGGCUGGGUGUGGCCUGGAAAGAUAGUGGCAGUGGCGAUGGGUGCCCUGGCAGGCUUCUGGGUCCUCAGCCUACUCACCUAUGGCUACCUGUGCUGGGGCCAGGGCUUAGAAGAGGAGGGGCUCCUGGGUGCUCAAGCUGAAGAGAGACCUGAAGCAGGCGCCACGGGCACCACCCAGCCCCAUCUCAUUUUCAUCUUAGCUGAUGAUCAGGGAUUUAGAGACGUGGGUUACCACGGAUCUGAGAUAAAGACGCCCACUCUUGACAAACUCGCUGCGGAAGGAGUUAAACUAGAGAACUACUAUGUCCAGCCUAUUUGCACACCGUCCAGGAGCCAGUUUAUCACCGGAAAGUAUCAGAUCCACACAGGACUCCAGCAUUCUAUCAUCAGACCUACCCAACCCAACUGUCUACCUCUAGACAACGCAACCCUACCUCAAAAGCUGAAGGAGGUCGGCUAUUCAACUCACAUGGUUGGGAAAUGGCACUUGGGGUUUUACAGGAAAGAAUGCAUGCCUACUAAGAGAGGAUUUGAUACCUUCUUUGGCUCCCUUUUGGGAAGUGGAGAUUAUUAUACACACUACAAAUGUGACAGCCCAGGGAUGUGUGGCUAUGACUUAUACGAAAAUGAUAACGCUGCUUGGGACUAUGACAAUGGCAUAUAUUCAACACAGAUGUAUACUCAGAGAGUGCAGCAAAUCCUAGCUUCCCAUGACCCCGCCAAACCUAUAUUUUUAUACGUUGCUUACCAAGCUGUGCACUCACCCCUGCAAGCCCCUGGCAGGUAUUUCGAACACUACCGAUCCAUCAUCAACAUAAACAGGAGGAGGUACGCAGCCAUGCUCUCCUGCUUGGAUGAAGCGAUCCACAAUGUGACCCUGGCUCUAAAGCAGUAUGGCUUCUAUAACAAUAGCAUUAUCAUAUACUCCUCAGAUAACGGUGGACAGCCCACAGCAGGAGGAAGUAACUGGCCUCUCAGAGGUAGCAAAGGAACAUAUUGGGAAGGAGGCAUCCGGGCAGUUGGCUUUGUGCACAGUCCGCUUCUGAAAAACAAGGGAACGGUGUGUAAGGAACUUGUGCACAUUACAGAUUGGUACCCAACCCUGAUUUCACUGGCGGAAGGGCAGAUUGAUGAAGACAUUCAGCUGGAUGGAUACGAUAUCUGGGAGACGAUAAGUGAAGGUCUUCGUUCACCCCGAGUGGAUAUUUUGCACAACAUUGACCCUAUUUACACCAAGGCGAAAAAUGGCUCCUGGGCAGCAGGCUAUGGAAUCUGGAACACGGCAAUCCAGUCAGCCAUCCGGGUGCAUCACUGGAAGCUGCUCACAGGAAAUCCUGGUUACAGUGACUGGGUGCCCCCUCAGGCUUUCAGCAAUCUGGGCCCAAACCGAUGGCACAACGAGAGGAUUACCUUGUCAACUGGCAAAAGCAUCUGGCUUUUCAACAUCACCGCCGAUCCAUACGAGAGGGUGGACCUCUCCAGCCGGUAUCCUGGCAUCGUGAAGAAGCUGCUGCGGAGGCUGUCACAGUUCAACAAGACGGCCGUGCCAGUCAGGUAUCCCCCGAAGGAUCCCAGAAGCAACCCUCGACUCAACGGAGGAGUCUGGGGCCCGUGGUAUAAAGAGGAAAACAAGAAAAAGAAAAUAAACAAAACCAAGGCAAAAGAAAACAAGCAAAAGAAAAGUAAAGCGAGGACGAGAAAACAACCAGCGGCACACUCUUCAACAAAAUACCACCCACGUGUUACUGCCGGCUGAAUGCAAGACUUUCUGACUUGGUUAAGCUUAAAUCGCCUGGUUUCCAGGUAAUUCAAAGAAUUUGCCUCAGAAAUACCACUGCCAGUCCCAUUGGGCGUAUUUUCAUUUUGCUCUCUGCCAGCGGCUUCUGGCACCUGGCUGCCAGUGUGGGCCAAACUAUC